AUGGGUGGGGGUCAGAGUGUCCAGGAAGCUAGCAGCAAUGAGGCCGAUAAUGAUUCUAUAAUUGGGAUAUCAGAAGCUGUGGCCAAACGUUUGCUUGGUAAAAAUAAAGAUGAUGAGCAACCAGCUAUAGCACAAUCAGAUGGAACAACUUCACAGGUAAGUUCUUUCAGGCCAGUGUCACUAGAGGCAAAUACAUUGUACCUAUCCAAAAAAGAACAGAUUAAAGUUUUUGAAAAUUAUUAUAAGCAGCAGUUGAAAUCUCUUGAAGAACAGAACAAAAUACUGAAGGAAACAAGUCAGGCUCAGUUUCAGGCAGCUGUCAAUGAGAUCCAUAAAAAAUUUCCCAAACCUUUAAGAAAGGACCCACUGUGUAAAGAGUUACAGAGUAUUGUAGUUCAGUGUUACACUGAUCAUAAAGAUUUGCCACUUGCAUGCUCCCACGAAGUUAAAUCAUUUGUAGAUUGCGUUCAUAGGCAGAGUCAGAAACAGAAGAUACCAGCUUAA